AAGCUAGCAGCAUCCACAUCGAAGGAUGAGCCAAUAUGGCUGAUUGAAAGGUGCACACGCUCUUGCAAAUAUAUUAAAUGCUUUGAGUCGUCUUUUUUAUGUACUACCCGAGCGUCCUGCAUUGGCAGCAAACAUGGAGGCAAUGGAAACUGGCGACGAGCGUCAACAUCCGGCCGCCGAUAUAGUGCGACCUGCGGAAACAGAAGAGUCAAGAACUGACGCUCCAGCCAAUUUUGGAAGUUCCCUCCAAAACCAAAUGGAAGAGAACAGGUUUGAACUUGGAGACCCCGAGACCCCGCUGGUCCCUUGUCGCAUGGAGGCCUUGAACGCCUCACCGUCCCACUCGGAGGAUGAGACAGUGGAAGCGGGCCUGGCUAGCGAAAAAGACGAGGACGAUCCGGAGGAGGACAACGAGGUCAACCCCGUUCCCAUACCGGUGAAGGACUUGGACUCGGAGACCGUCAACAAAGGUGCCUGUUCAACGUCUUUCAACCUGGAUGAGAUGAUGGACAUCGGUACUGUGGAUCAGCAGGAACAGGAAGCUCAGAUGUGCACAGAAUUGAACAAUGACAGCACAGGGUUGGAGGAAGAGGAGGCACGGAGUGAGCCGAACGUUGACCUAAAACCCACCGCCGACAUGAAAGUGGAUGAAGGAGAGGCGAAGGAGAAAAUGGAGGGGGAGGACAAGGUGGAGGGGAAAAAAGAGGAGGAGGUCAAAGAGGAGUUAGAAGAGAGGAACGAGGUGGAAGAGAGGGAGGUGGAGGAGCGGGAGAUGGAGGAGGGGGAGAAGGAUGUGGAGGUGAAUGAGAAGGAGGUGGAGGUAAAAAUGAAGCAGUUGGAGGAGGAAGAUGAGGUGGAGGAGGAGAAAGAGAAGGACUUUGUGGUGGAAGAGGUGAAAAGGGAGGAGGUGGAGGAGGAAGACGUGCCUUUCUAUGCCACUCGCUCCAGAAGCCGAGCAGUAACAUCGCCAGCGCCCGACAUGACCAAUGGGAUGAAGGUGAUCAAGCUCGCCGCAUCCAGUUCCUCUUCGUCAUCUUCACCGCCUCCCAUCAAAAUCAAAGACGAGCCCGAGGACGAGGAGUACGAGCUGGCCUUCGUGUCCGGGACGUCCACUGUGAAGGAUGAGCCCGUCGUUGCCAAGGUGGAGGACUUGCAGAUCGACUCUGUGUACUCCGAGAAUCCGGACGGCAACAUUCGGAGGCAGCGAGGUCGGCCGUCGUCGUCCACGGCGACUUUGAACAUGAGGUGCGCGCACUGCCAGAAAGGGCUGAUCAAAGGUCAGACGGCCUACCAGCGCAAAGGCUCGCCGGCGCUCUUCUGCUCCACCCUCUGCCUCACCUCCUCGCUCAGCUCGUCCAAAACCGUCAAGAACUGCCACCGCUGCCAAAGGCGCAUAACCCGCCCUCAGGAAAUUAUCCUGGCUCCGGACGUGGACGGCGUGAUGAGGGGUUUUUGCAGCGAGGCGUGCCUGAGUCUCAACAAAAGCGUCGACGGCAAGCCGUUCGCUUCUCCUGACGCCAAAGUGCAGUCGGUGUGCAGCAUUUGCUCCAAGUACACCAUCAACAAGCACGAAGUCGUCCUGAGCGGCACGGUCCACAAGAUGUGCAGCGACUCGUGCUUUAAGCUCUUCCGAACCGCCAACCGGUUGACCAUGGCGGGCUGUGCCAACUGCGGCGCCACCUGCCACGUCGGGCCCAUGCUACUCAAAAUGGAGGGCAGCAGCAAGACGUUGUGCAACCUCGACUGUCUCAUCAAGUACAAAAAGAAAGUGAAGAUGACUCUGCCGUGCACCAUGUGUCGCGCCCCGCGGCAAAUCGCCGACAUGGUCCACAACAAAAGCGCCACCGACGACUCCGUGAGCCUCUUUUGCAGCAGCAGCUGCGUCAUGGCCUUCGUCGUCCAGAAUGUCAGCUCCUCAGGCACGCAUCUGAACUGCGAAAACUGCGGCAAGAACGCUCUGCCGGCGUAUCACCUGGCCAUGUCGGACACCACCAUCAGAAACUUCUGCACGCUGCCGUGCGUCCUGGGUUUUCAGGAAAAGUUCAAGAAGAAACGGAAGGAGAUGAGCGUUUACCCAAAGUUGACGGUGGCCUCCAGUCACGAGGCCAACGCCACACCGCCGGCGCAAGCCGCCUUGUCCUCGCUCGACUGCGCCGAGUGCAACCGCCGCAUGACGUCCAAACCUGACGUCAUCCACGUCAAGGACAAAGCGGUGUUUGUGUGUGGCUCAAGCUGCGCCCUGCAGUACAAAACCAGAAAAAACCUGAGCGCCAAAUGCGAGUACUGCAAGAUCUACAAGAUCAGCCGAGAGGUCAAGCGCAUCGACGGCAAGGACUGCUACUUCUGCAGCCCCGGCUGCUGGCUGUUGUACGAGAUCGACCUGGACGCGCGCUGGGGCAGGCACUGCAAGUCCUGCUCGUACUGCCAGUGCAUCUCCAAGAAGCUGGAGAAGGCGCUCUACGGCGAAUCCAGCGAGGAGUUCUGCUCCGAGGAGUGCAGGUCGAAUUACACCAUGCUCUUCUGUCAUGUUGCAAAGUGCUCCUUGUGUGACCGCAAAGGGAAACUGAAGCACAGUCUUUUCGUGCUGGGGGAGGUGCGCAACUUCUGCGACCUGCCGUGCCUCUUCCAGUUCUGCAACGCGCUGGUCAAGACGCAGGGCGACGUCUUCCCGUCGGAAUCGCCCGUCAUCGCCAACGUGAUCUCGCUUGCGGGUCAAGACCAGGAGAGCGAGAGCAAGCCGGCCAAACAAAAAGUGGGGGACGACCAAGUCAGUCUGAGGAAACAAAAAGAGGACUCUCUCACUCCCACAGGUCCUCGAACAAGAGGUGCCGACUCACAAACGACAGACCCCGAUUUGAUCAUUAUCAGCGACAGUCCAGAGAGGAAGAGGCCGUCUCACUUCACCCCCAAGUCCACUUCGACCAGCACGCCGAAAAGCAUGAAGAACAAGGCUCUGCUGUGUAAGCCGCUGGUGCAGGACAAGGGCGUUUCGUGUCGGACGGAGAUGGUGGACGUUGAGGCGCAGACGGAUGGGUCCACACCAAAGAUCAUGGUCCUCCCCGUUCCCGUGCCGGUGUACGUCCCCGUGCCCAUGAGCAUGUACAGCCAGUGUACCCCCAAUCCCGUGGGCGUGCCUCUGCCUCUUCCCGUGCCCGUGCUGCUGCCCGUCAGCACGGACAACGCCGACCGCAUCGUGGAGACGAUCAAGAAGAUUAAAGAAAAGUUCCCGAAGGACCCUUUCGAGGCCGAGCUGGUUCUUAUGGCCGAGAUGGUGUCCGAGACCAACGGGGGCGACAAAGAAGGGGAGACGCGGCCGGGAGCUGCUGCUGCUGGAGAUGGGAUAAGCACCUCCAAUGAUGACUUGAACACAGAUGACUUUGCCAGCCUGCUGAACAGCUUGGACGAGCAGGGCGUUCCGCCUCCCAUGGACGUCGAAGCCGACUUCCCCAUCGAGACCCUAGAGAGGAUGGCCACGCUGCGAGAGUUGUCCACUCCGCCGGCUAGCCCCACACCCACCGGCUCGCGAAAACGUCAGUCGUCUCGGAAGUCCAAAGAGACAAGGGGUCGUAAAAGGUCAAACAAGGGCACCGAGGUGUCCGACAAAAAAGGAUCUGUCGGAAAAAGCUCUGUCCCCAAAGUCCCAAAGCUUAAGACCGAGUACGGCGUGGACGCUUGGAAGCGAUGGAUACGCUGGCGAGACACUCAGCCCGAUGUGGAGACGCCAUGUAUCGCAAUGCGCCCCCUGCUGCCAAAAGAAGACCUCCUUCGUUGCACCUCGGCCGAGCUGAGCUACGGCUUGUGCCGCUUCAUCGCCGAGGUCAAGCGGCCGUCCGGCGAGCAGUACUCGCCCGACAGCCUCUUCUACCUCUGCCUCGGCAUCCAGCAGCACCUAUUUGACAACGGCCGUGUGGAGAACAUUUUCACCGACAGCUUCUACUGCAAGUUCUCCACGGAGUUCACCAACAUGCUGCGAUGCUUCCAACCGACCAUCACCACCAGCGGUUACAUCCACUCGCGCGUGGAGGAGGAAUUCCUGUGGGACUGCAAACAGCUAGGCGUCUUCUCGCCCAUCGUGCUGCUCAACACGCUGCUCUACUUCUUCUGCAAGAAUUUUGGCUUCACCACGGUGGAGCAGCAUCGCCAGCUUUCCUUCGCCCACGUCAUGCGCUGCACCAAGACCUCCCAGGGAAACGUCAAGACCACCUUCCUGCGCUUCUACCCGCCCAUCGUGCCCGUCGACGAUAUUGACGGCGUUCCAGCAAAGAAGCGCAGGGAGGAGGAAGAGGAGGUGAAAGAGGAGAAAAUCCUGGAGAUGAAGGAGAACACGGACAAUCCUCUGCGCUGUCCUGUGCGACUCUACGAAUUCUACCUUUCAAAAUGCUCGGAGACUGUCAAGCAGCGCACCGACGUGUUCUACCUGCUGCCCGAGCGCUGCUGCGUCCCCAACAGCCCGCUGUGGUUCUCGGCCACGCCGCUAGACGAGGACACCAAGGAGGCCAUGCUGACUCGGAUUCUCACCGUGCGCCAGUUGCAUUUGGCCACCGGGGAGUGGCCGCUCGCUCCCGAAGGCGCCAUGGAAGGAGGCGCAGGCGGCGACGACGACGACGACUGGCCGUGACGAGCCUGUGAACUCGAAAGUGUCUUGAAGGCGGUGCCACGUUUAGAUCAGGACCAGACUUUGUGUGACACUACAGACAACAAAGCUGACAUUCUAAAAACCUGUUUGAGUGGAAGGAGACACAGUUGGAAUUCCAUGACAAGCAAUUUUUUCUUUUUUUUUAUUUGGAAUGUAUACGAUAAUCCGAUUUUGUUUUGUUUUGAAAGGUCCGAUCCACGUCAAUGGAGGUUACACUCUUUUUCUACCGUUAACUCCUCCUUCCGUAAUGUCGAUCAGUGUUUACCAACCUUUGAUUCAAGUCACACAGUUUCAGUUAGAAAAUCUCAUCAUCAAAUGUCACAAAGUAUUCACACUGAAAUAAUGUCAUCCUAAUGUAUCCACAAAUUGGCCUGUUAGUUGAGGCCAAAUCUAUUAUUCUGUUGUUUGAAAGACUGAACACUAGGUUAUUCGUUAGUUCUUAAUUUUUUGUGGUUGGGAAUCACCAGAGUAGACGCUGUUCAUUUGGUGUAGUUUUAGAGCAAACUAAACAAUCUUGCCGAGUGAAACUACUUGAACGCAUAAGAGUUGCGAUUCAAAGCACCUUUUAAGAGAAAACAUGAUGGCAGCCUUCCCCAAAUUUUAGCUAUGUACAAAAUAAAAGCUUAUAUCCGCUCAUGUAUGCCAUGACACA